AUGGGUCUGGUCUUAUCACAACCUUCCUCCCCUCUAUAUGGACCGUUCCACCUUAACCCAUCGGACAACAUAAAACUCCUCGUGCUCAACUCAGUCAAACAUGGAUACGUAUAACGGACAUACCUCACUGAAAUUGGAGAUGUUCUCCUGAUAUAUUGUGCACAACUCUUCACUUAACAUAUGUGCCAAGACACCGGUUUGUUUACAUCAGCGUAGAUCGUGUAUGGGAAAAAAAUCUUCACUUGGGUCACGUGACAAAAGCGAGGGCUAUUCGAACAAGGCGAUGUGUGACAGCAUGGAGGACAGUCCCGAAGCCUGUGCGAGGCGGAGGCUGGAAUUCCGUUCAAUGCCUUUCAAAAGUAAGUCAUUUUAUGUUGAUGUGAAAUCAAAACCUGUGCGACAGCGUGUAGAGGGAUAUAUUCGUCAGCUGGGAGGCUCAGUGGAAACUUUUCUGUCGAACGACGUUCAUGUUUGUGUAUCGGAUUCCCGACCUCUGACAAAGAGACCGAGUCGAUUGCGGGGAGAAACCACUGUCGAUCGUGGCGAUGUGUCGAAACGUAAACAAGACAUUCCCUUGAGUCGAGGAAGAGCUUUGCUGUUGAAAGCCAGGAAAAAUACAAGUGAAAGUUUGGCGUCCGAGGUAAACAAUGCAAGUAAUAUUCAAGACAAGGCGGCUGAGAUGGGAAUCAACACUGAGCAUGUUCACACUUUCAUCAAACGGUGCAAGGAGCUCGGUGCGUCUAGUAAACAGGUAACCAAGAAGGACCCUCCGACUGAAUUUCUUCCUAUAAAAUGGGAAGAUAAGUGUUUUAUUAAAGUAGAGGAUGAUUCGUGUCAGUAUAAACCGAUUCAUAAGAAACUAGAAAAUAUACCCUUGGUGUAUCCGGAUAACGGGGGCGGGUCUCCAUUUGACGGUCCCGUGGUGCUCGCCCGCCCCACGACAGGUAGUACAGUGAAAAAGGGGACCAAACCGAGUCGGUUUUCUCACAACAAGGGGGGAUAUUGCGAGAUGUGUCAGUGCUGGUACAAGGAUUCCCUUCGGACACACAGCAGGAGUGUUGGCCAUCAGAAGUUUGUCAGGAAUAAAGAAAAUUUUGCAGUGUUGGACCAAAUUGUGCGAAAAUUACCCAAUUUGUACCAGUUUUUAUUCAAGUACAUUCCUGUUCGUAAUGCUGAUAAACCUCCAUGUUACAAGUCUGACGUCACCCCAGCAACGUCUCCUGAGAUUCAGACGACACAGCCUACCAAUAAAGAUGUUUACGACUUUGACGACCCCAGUGAAAAUGUCGCCAAUGUAGAGGAUGUCAAUAAUGUUGUUCCAGGAUUAUCGAUGUUGCCAGCGUCAAUUACAGCUACAAACCUCACCAGCAACACUAUACCACUUCCCCUUAUCGAUACCAUUCUGACUGGUGAGAUCGCUACUCCAGAGGUACGAGACAAUGUAGAUGACUCCGUCACGCCUGCCUUGACGCUAAAUGACAGUGAUAUGUUCUCUUGUAUACUCGGUGACAAUGUCGCCGACGCCAAGAUGUUUUCUGACAUAUCUGAGACAGAUUCCCAAACGAACGUUUUGAAAAAUCUCAUUGACAAUUUAUCCUUGCAAAACGUAAACGGCGCAUCUCAAUCUCAGAUCACCCACGAAUCGCCAAUGAUUGUCAACACGCCCAAAGUGCCGUCGUCACAGCCGGUACCAUCGUGUACAAGUCCAACUCAUCCUAGUGACGCAAUCGAACUGCAGCCAAUCCCAUCUCUUACAUCAUGCACGAACUCAGCACGUGAGUUAGAUGACACAAUUGUGGCCCCGCACAGUCAGUCAAUGACGUCAUGCACGGGUACCGAAAGUUCUCCAGAUAACUCGAGUGAAAAUUCUGCAUCACAAACCAUGACGUCAUGCACAAGUACAUCACGUGCAUCGGAUUCCACUAUUGAAACUACGCCUGAUCUGCAACUAAAUGGCGAGACACCCAUGUCUGUAGGCUCUCCUGUCCAGUUGCCAAGGGUAACGGCUUCCAUCCCCACCCCAGGGCAACUGAAGCUGAAGCUGCUGCUUAAUGCGGCUGCUAAUUCAUCUAGUCAACAAAACACGAAUCCAUCAAACCCAAGAUGUGAGAAAGACAAAAAUAAGGUCACCUACUACAGCCAUAAAACCAGUGACACUAAGUUAAAGCUGUGCAAGGUAAUGGUCACGCCUGUUGCUCAAAAAUCCAAUUUAAAGAUGUUCUGGAAAGUUCGCAAAACAGGCGACUGUCGUUUGUUGUUUAGCUCUGAAAAGAGAAAGCGUUCCGUGCCGGACGAAAACGCCGCGGGGGUCGGAGAUGAGAUGAUGAGCCCCCUCCGGGCCCAUGAUGUCACUCCUAGGCCGAAACGCCAGAGACUCGUCUUCUGAAAUCCUAUCUCAGUGAUGGUGGUUCUAUGGUGCCACGUAGAUACAAGCUAUAAUGUGAUAGACACAGUAUUAUGUGGUUGUGUUAGUGAUAACUUGCUUACAACACCCAACAGAACUUACUUUUACGUUCGUUUAGUGAUCGCAGAUGUCAUAAUGAAGAUUUUAUUUCUAUUUAUUGCUGUGUUUUACAGACAGGAUAUCCAAAGCUCCAUUGUGUUAACCGCUGUCCAGUACAGACGCCACUCUGUCCAAAUAUGCUGAUGUUUUAAUCAUCUAGUCAUGUUGAAGUAUUUUCUACUUUUUCUCGUGACCAUUGACAUAAUUUAUUUUACACGCGGUAUUGCAGUGUUCUGUGGUAUGGUGAUUGUGACAUACUUCCUGUUUUUUACAACAACCUAUACUGAGAUUAUUAAACAAGAGGAAAUCAA